UGGAUGACUUCAGAACCUACUUUUUCAUUCACAGUUAUUCCUUAUUUUCAAAACAUUGAAAAAUCCCUGUUUUUCCUAUGAUUCUCCAGAUUAUAAUAUUUCAUUUUUAUACAUGUUGGUGUUUAUAUUAAAUCAUUGGCACAUUUGCCCUUGUUGACAUUUUACUGGUGUUAGAAAAUGAGUGGCCCAAGGAGGGGGGCCAAGGGAGACAGGUUCUCUUGCAGACAACAGCAAAGUACACCAUAUGAACAAAGACUUGGUCUUGCUGACUCUGGACUUGCUGCCUGUUUCUGUGUGGAAACAAGAUCCAUGUGGCACUUCUUGAGUUUUGCCUCAAGUGCAUUUGAAAGCUGUGUUUGCUGGACUGGGAAGGUAAGGUCACACGUCAUAGCAAAUGUUGUGUGUUUUUUUCUGGAACUGACUAACAUCCAAGCAAUCCCGCAUACAGCUGAGCCCAAUUAUUGCGAGCAUGUGUGACCGCCGCGUGAAAAUGAGGCAAAACAACAUGGACGGUUUCCGUAGUGGUGUCUCUGUCUCUCCUCUCAUUGCUUUGUUGUCAGAUCCCUGGGACAUGCAGUGGCGGGCCCUCUAAUGUCAAGAUGAGGACCUACACCCGCGGGGCCCCCACCGUGUUCUUCAUAAGCCUGCUCUGGGCCUUGGCCAUGGCCACCACGUUGGCAGGAGUAGACCCCAGCGGAGGGAUCCCCUUCGUCGGGGGUAACUACGAGGGGCACCCCAUGCUCUACUUUAGCCGGGGAACAGUAGAAGAGCUGCAGCGGGCAGCAGCAGGGACACACCGGCUGCUGGCUGCACGUAUCCGUGAGGCAGGCGACACCAUGCUGGAGCACCCUGAGGAAUACUUACCGCCGUGGAGCCCAGCUGAAUUCAGUGCCCGCUGGAACGAGGUGUACGGGAACAACCUGGGUCUGCUGUCACUCUUCUGUCUGCUGUACCCGCAUCGUGCUGGGGCCCUGGACCUGGCCAGGGAAUACAUGGAGAGGAUGGCUGCUCAGCCUAGUUGGCUGGUGAAAGAUGCCCCCUGGGACGAGGUGCCCCUGGCUCACUCCCUGGUGGGCUUUGCCACAGCCUACGACUUCCUGCAUGAGUACCUGAGCAAAACCCAGCAGGAGCGCUUCCUGCAGGUGAUCGGCAACGCGUCGCGCUACAUGUAUGAGAAGUCCUACAGCCGCGGCUGGGGCUUCCAGUACCUGCACAACCACCAGCCAACCAACUGUGUGGCUCUUCUAACCGGCAGCCUGGUGUUCAUGAACCAGGGCUAUCUUCAAGAAGCCUACCUGUGGACCAAGCAGGCUCUGUCCAUCAUGGAAAAGUCCUUGGUCCUCCUGCGGGACGUGACGGAUGGGUCACUGUAUGAAGGUGUGGCCUAUGGGACCUAUACAACACGAUCCCUUUUCCAGUACUUGUUCCUGGUUCAGCGCCACUUUGACAUUGGGCAUUUUGAUCAUCCAUGGCUCCUGAAACACUUUGCCUUCUUGUACAGGACCACCUUACCAGGAUUCCAGAGGAGUGUGGCCAUUGCUGACUCCAACUACAACUGGUUCUAUGGUCCAGAGAGCCAGCUGGUGUUCCUGGACCAUUACGUUAUGCGUAACGGAAGUGGGAACUGGCUGGCAGACAUUAUCCGUCGCAGCCGGGUGGUGGAGGGCCCAGGGCAGGCAGGAAAAGGCCAAAGGUGGUGCACACUGCACACGGAGUUCCUCUGGUAUAACCCUAACCUGACCUCUACGCCUCCACCAGAUUUUGGUACAUCCAGGCUGCAUUACUUUGAAGACUGGGGGGUUGUCACCUAUGGAGGUGGACUACCAGCUGGGGUCAACAAGACGUUCCUCUCGUUCAAGUCAGGGAAACUGGGAGGACGUGCAAUAUAUGACAUAGUGCAUAUGAACAAGUACACAGACUGGAUUAAAGGAUGGCGCAACUUUAAUGCUGGGCAUGAGCAUCCCGACCAGAACUCUUUCACUUUUGCACCCAAUGGAGUGCCCUUCAUCACGGAGGCUCUCUAUGGACCAAAAUACACUUUCUUCAACAAUGUGGUUAUGUUUGCCCCAGCAGUCUCUGAGAGCUGUUUUGCAUCAUGGGAAGGACAGGUGACUGAGGCCUGCAACUCAAAGUGGUUGAAGUACAAACAUGGCCUAGCUGCUGACUCCCAUGGGAAAGUGGUGGCAGCUCUGGAGAGACAGGGCAUGGUGUUCAUUCGGGGUGAAGGAAGGGCUGCUUACAAUCCUGACUUGAAGAUAAGGAGCUUCCAGAGAAAUCUGCUUCUACUCACUCCUCAGCUGUUGAUCUUAGUGGACCAGAUCUCUUUGGAGAAGGAUAGUCCGGUGAAGUUUGUGAGCUCCUUCUUUCACAACACUGACCAGCCUUUUGAGGAAACCCAGAAAGACGGUGUGCAUGGUGCUUUUAUUAGGCACAGGGAUGAAGUGUACAAAAUGUUCUGGAUGGAUGAAACGGGCUACAGUGAGAAAGGAGUUUUGAGCUACCAAAGCUACCCUCGUGGUUACCCCUAUAAUGGUUCUAACUAUGUGAAUGUGACUCUGCCUCUCAAACGAUCAAACACCCGAGAGGCCUUUCUUUUCUUUGGGCCAGGUGUUGAUGUUCAGAGCUUCAGCUUGCGUGGUGAUGCCCAGCGUGUGGACAUCUAUUUGGCCACCAGUGAGCACACUUACACCAUCUAUCUGCUCACUGGAGAGGUCACAAGCAAGCCUCUCUUUGCCAUGGUUCUUCAAGACAACAAGAAGAUUGUCUUUGAGAAGUCAGCAGAGUUGAAGGACAGCCCCCCUGAUGAGGUAGACGAGUACACCAACUUGGUGGAAGACCACCUCCAACACGUCAAGCCUGUCUUUCAGCAGCUUGAGAGACACAUACUGGCACGAGUCCUUAAUACUGACAGUUUUCGCAAGACAGCUGAACGUCUUCUGCGGUUUUCUGACAAAAAGAAGACGGAAGAAGUCAUUGGGAAGAUAAUCCCAUCAUCAAAGAAGCAGGGGAAGAACAAGAGCUCCAAGAAGGGAAAUGAUAAACUGUCUGACACUCUGCCAGACAUCUUUGGGCAAAUUGAAGUGAGCGAGAAGAAGGAGAGGCAAAGGGCUGUGAAACAGGUGAAUGACAACUCGGAAGAAAGAAAUGAUGACUCAAGGGCUUUCAUUGAUUAUGGGGACACUGGCAAAAGCAGGAAAGCAGGCUUUAUUAAAGGACGGAAAUAUAAUGAGGUUCAUAUGGUGGCCACAGCCAAAAGUGAGGAUUUGUCGAGCUCAACAUCUUACAUUAGGCUUUUCCUAAUUUUAAACAUUGGCACUUUCUUCAUGUUGUUGGCUUUACUGUUGACACGCUUUCAGAAGGCACAAAGUCUGCACACGCAGAGGUGUUUUUACUGCAUCCUUCUCAUUGACAGCUUCAUCCUGCUCUGCUUGUACUCCUCUUGUUCACGGGCACAGUGCUGACAUCAUCACCGCAUCCGUGGAACAUCAGCUAGCAGGCCUACUGAAAUGUUGUUGUUUUCAUUGGGUGAAACUGUUGAACCUCAGUCUGAGCCAACCCUACCUAACAGGUGACCAGAAACAAGUUAAUUCCAAAUAGGAAUUGAUAGAAUACCAUGAUUAGCCAACCAACCUCUGAGAUAAUAAGCUUCUGUGGAGCUUUAGAAUGGAGUCUAUAUAAAUCUUGUCAUGUGGUUGAACUUUCUGCCUCUUACUGAAGAUCUUGAAGCCUGGCCACUAGAGUUCAGUUUCUUGAAGAACUAUGCACAGUGUUGAGUUGUACUGAAAAUACCAGAAAUGUAAAUAUGUUAAAAAUUAUAUUUUUGAGGUGAAAUUUUCUACUCUUUGUUAUUAAAAAUGCAAGCAGAGAUAUGUAUCUCUUAAUUGUUUCUUGAUCUUUUUUAAUGUUGUGAAAUAUGCCAUUCAUCAUUAACAAAGACAAAAGAUUAUGCAAAUCAGUAAGUGGUUUUCUUGUAGGAUGUCACAUUAUCUCUCAAGACUGGAGAAGAGCUAAUAGUCCACCACACAAAGCAUAAAAAGUUGAAACCCACAGAUUUCCCAUUGAUACAACAUAUCCAUAAUUUUACCCAAACCUGGGUCUCAUUCCCUUAUGCCAUGUGUGUUCACUAUCAAGCAUUCCUACUGUUUGCCAGAGGCAUUGUUCGUUCUUGUGAACAACACACCUUUUCACCAACAGAACAUCUUUAAAACUUCUGUCAGUCUUGCUGAGAUCAUCAGUGUAAAACUCCUGACACAUCUGUCUGACUACCAUAAAGCCCCAAUAAAGCUCUG